GCUGCCAGCGGGGGUGGACCUUGAAUGGAAGGAGACACCUGUGUCAGGCAGCCAGGGAUGGAUGCCAGCCUGGCCAAGGGGGUCCUUCAGCCAUGGUCAGUGGCUCCUGCCUCCCCCCACCCCCGGGGAGGGGGCACAGGAAUAGAGAGGGAGAGAAACCAGAGAUUGGAAAAUAAGAAGGCUUGAGUUGCAGAAUGGGUCUUAAGCAGAAGGUGGAAGAAACUCAGAAUUGGGGAAGCUGCUUUUCCACUCACCUUGGGACUAACUGUCAGGUGGAAGACAGGACUUGGGCCUCAGGAAAUGCCUACCAGGUUGGACAUGAGGGAUGCUGUGGCCUCUCCCCCCCCCCCCCCCCCCUGCCCCCCCAACCACCUUCCUCACAAUGGGGUUCAUUGCUGAGGUGGGAGGGGCAUCCUAGGAAGGGUACAGCUGGGGCCCUACCUGCCAGACAGCCUCUGGGAACCUACCCUUUCAAGCAUGAACCAUACCAUCCGGGCUCCUCCACUCCCAGUGUGCUCUUAGCUCUGCCCGCCCAGCCUAGGGUCCUGGAGGCCUUCUUGGAGCUCAUCCAGCAACCAUCAUGCAAGGUGGUGCUGGGGACUGCCCUCUUACUCGGAGGGGGAGGCCUCAUGCUGUGGAUUCAGAGGAAGAGGAGAAGGAAGGCAUCCGCCGCGUCUGCACAAAAUGUGCAGGAGCCACCGGAAUGUCACAAAGCAAAGAAUGAGAACUGGAUUAAAUCUCACUUUAGUCGCCUCUCCGAAGAGAAGCUGGCCUCCUGCAGCAGCACGGACGCCCCAUCACCCGAGAGCGGCAGCGGAGAAGCCAGCACCACCAUUCACAUGGAGACUCUCACCGCAAGGCAAAGAGAGGCGGGCACAACUCUGUGCCAGGAGUCCUUCACCAGCAAGCAGAGGACGUCUGGGGCCUCAGUGACCAAAGAGACCCACAAGGAGUCUGCAAAAUCCUCGUCCACGGACGAGCCCACAUGGGCCGCUGUGGCUGCCUGUACCAAGGAGAUUGACACCCUAGGACAGCAGCUGGCUAAUUCCAUGUUGCAGCGUGCCAUAGCUUACCAGAACUCAGGCCACCUGGAGUCCAGAGACGUCAACCAGGAGGAGCUGAAGGCCCUCGAGGAGGUGGAGUUGAAGCUGAAAGGGAAUUUCCUCACCCAGCGGGAAGCCACCGUAGCUGGCGCGAACCACACACACGCCAUCCAUGGCCACGGUCACUAUGGACACCAGGGUCAUCCGAACCACCAGAGCCACAGCCUGCCCAACCGCAGCCACCAGACCUACCACCCCUUUGAAGCCACCUAACCACGGAUGGAGACGCCCCUUUCCCCCAACAGGGCUGGCACACAAUUGCAGGCCUGUUUUCUCUCCUGUGGCGAGAUGGUGCCACCCAAAUCCCUUCUUCCUGAAGGGCAGGCCCUGGGCCCCUUUGGCUCUGUGAGUACGGUCUGCCACAGAGAAUGGCCCCCGAUAGAGGGGGCGGGGGUGGAAGGAAGCGAAGCACCUGAGACAGACUCGCAGGCCCCUGAAGACCCACCAGGAGAAGAUAGAGGCAGAGCCCAGGAGCAGCUGAGAGCCCCACACUGAUGCCGAACGCCUGGAACUGAGCCAAUAAAGCCUUGUAUACCCUCACUCUGGGUCUGGGGGCUCUGUGGCCAGCCUCAGCACUGGGAAGGGAUAUGGGGAGAGGCUUCCUGCCCCCAAAGUCCUCUUUGUGUGGGCCUUUAUGCUAGGCUGAUUCAAGACUCCGUAAAUCAGAAAAAAAAAAAAAAAAAAAAAAAAGUCCAUAAAUCUUCUC